CUCUACCUACACAACUACGUCUUCCUCUCCACAAAUCGACUCGACCCAACCCACCACGCUCUUUCUUAUUCAACCCCCGCAAUCAUGUCGGAAUCGCCGGUUGCUAUUGUCUGUGUCGGUAUGGCCGGCUCGGGCAAGACGACUUUUAUGCAACGCUUGGUCUCUCACCUCUACACCCACCCCGAUCCCACCGCAUCCGAGCCCUCGGUCUCCAAAGUAUCCCCCGCGCCUCCCUAUAUCCUGAAUCUCGAUCCAGCUGUACACCAUGUACCCUUCACUCCGAACAUUGAUAUCCGCGACUCGGUCAACUACAAGGAGGUCAUGAAGCAAUUCAACUUAGGACCCAACGGUGGCAUUCUUACGAGCUUGAACUUGUUCAGCACCAAGAUCGAUCAGGUCAUAGGCUUGUUGGAGAAACGCACACAACCACCGGCUCCAGCGCCGGAACAAUCAACAGUCGAGUUCAUGACUAAUCAGGGCAAAACCGCGCCGCAACCCCAGCAACAGCAACAAGUGAAGCAUAUCCUCGUGGACACGCCCGGUCAAAUCGAGGUCUUUGUAUGGUCGGCUAGCGGCGAGAUUCUGCUGAGCAGUCUUGCUAGCACAUUCCCGACCGUGAUCGCCUAUGUAAUCGACACCCCACGCACCACCAGCACAUCUACCUUCAUGUCAAACAUGCUGUACGCAUGCUCCAUCCUUUACAAAACCAGACUACCCAUGAUAUUAGUCUUCAACAAGACAGAUGCCCAAGAUGCCGCAUUUGCAAAGGAAUGGAUGACGGAUUUCGAAGCUUUCCAGGCCGCACUCAAAAACGAGGAAGAGGGUGGCAGCUUUGGUGGUGAAGGAAGUGCCGUAGGCGGCGGGAGCGGAUACAUGGGAAGCUUAUUGAACAGCAUGUCACUCGUACUAGAUGAAUUCUACAAACACUUGAGUGUGGUAGGAGUCAGUGCGAUGACAGGAGACGGCAUGGCCGAUUUCUUCGCCGGCGUUGCAGAGAAGAAAGCCGAGUUCGAGCGCGACUACCAGCCCGAACUAGAACGUCGGCGUGCCGAGCGCGAAAAGGAAAAGGCUGAACAUCGUCAGCGUGAAUUGGAUAAGUUAAUGAAGGAUAUGAAUGUUGCGCCUUCGUCGACAAAGGCAGGCAAGCAGCCAGCCAAGGACGAGCCUGAGACGGUGAGCGACGCAGAGAACGACGACGAGGAUGACGAAACAGGCAUGCAGGUCGAUGGCGACGACUACGAUUCUCAAGAGGAUGAUAGGGAGUAUGAGGGGCCGAACAACAACGAUUCGCUGGCGAAACGGUAUAUGGAGGCCUCGAAGAUUUCGGACGAAGAUAUGAGUUUCGCGCGCUAUGUGCAACGUUCCAACAUCGGCUGA